UAAGAAGUUUCCUUCAAAAAUGAGGUUUUCAGUUUUGAAAGUUUUGAUCAUGAACAUACGAUUUUGUUUCGCAAAAAACAAUUUUUGGAGAAAGGAUUUUCUUAUCAUGUUGUGUUCAAAAAUGAUGCGAUUGCAUCUUCUAUUCUGGAAAUGCAGUUCACAAUUUAUUUUAAAUCGUAGGCCAUCUGGAGGCAAAUAGCCCCAUUUUAGCCUCGAUAAAAUCAAAUAGGUAUGUUUAUUGUUUUUUGACAUCAUUGUAUGUAGAUGAUUGAGAUGUAUUUCUUCACUUUCACGGUUUACUUUUAGUCAAUUUUGUCUCAUUUGUCAUCUCCAUUGCUAAAAGCAACGAAAUCUCAAGGGACAAAAAUGGUUAAUUUCUUCAAAACGAACAACGAAACCUUUUGGUGACUCAGUCACUAAUUUUACUUUUUCCCCUUUAUUUUUUCAAGAACAUGAAGAUGCAAAAGGCAGCUUUGGGAAAAAAAAUAAUUGAAAGCCCUGCCAUGAUUUAAAUUUUUCAGAACACUAAAAAUGUCAUAAAUUGAUGAAAAAAAUUUAGUAAUUGGUUAUUACUUAUUAUUUAAGAAAAACACAUUUCUCGUCACACUUGAAUUUUAGGUAACAUUAAGAGGCCAAUUUUGGCGUAAAUGAGGAUAAUGGGAUAUUUUUUAAGAACUCAAAUUUUUCAAAAAAAUGUCUCGGAAUCCCAAAAUGAGUUAUUGGGCAGCUAUACAACUCCAAAAAUCGUCUCCAAGUCAUAUUCGAACUGCCUGCGUGUUUUUCAAGACCUCUUUUGACGUGAGCAAGAAAACGUGUGUAUUUAUAUCCUUUUUUUUUUCAAAAAAAAUGUCCUAAAAUCUGUGAAUGUGCGAUUGGUUAGCCACAAAUCUCGGGAUCUUCUUUCUUAAUUCCAAGUUAUUUUUUUUUCUAUCAUCAUAUUUUGAGUGCUACUCAAUAUUACUGACAAAAUGUAGGUAUUUUUAGGCCGAAAUCGCUUCAUAUAAAUAUCUUGAAAUCUCGAAAAUGCUCCAUGCACGAUAGGAUAGCUAUACACUCUAUGAAUAAUCUACUUCCCUUUCCCCUCAAAUAAGUAGGUAUUUCAAAAUAAAUGAAGUUUUACAAUUUUUAGGACAUCUUGAAAUGUCGGUCCAAACCAUUGGAAUCAUCUUGCCACUUUUUUUCAAUGAAGUCAUUUUGACUGGUCAGGAAGGCUUUUUCAUUGUUAGUCACGUACUUCCAUUUUUACCAAUUAUUCAACUAUGUUGGUGAGAAAUUCUUGUAAGUCCUUGAUAUGCCGGUAAAAAAUAAUACUUAGGUACCUGGAAAUUAUUGUAAGCUACUAAUUGCAUGCGGCUUAAAAGCCAUUGGAAACCUUUUCACCGUUAUUUCAUCAUAAGUUAAUUACUUUCUGAUGCACCUAAAAUCUUUUUUAAAAAGUCCGUUCAAUAAAAAUGAAGGUGUUUACAAUCCCUACUAAGUGAAAGGUGACAAUAAUAACGAAUAUUUGAAAUUAUUCAGGCUCUAUAAUUUUUUUUCAGGACGGUAAUUUUUAAAUUCUCAAAAUUUGAAAAAAAAACUAUAAAUAGUUCAAAUACGAAUUAGGUACUUUUGGAGCAUGCUCUUAAAAAAAAGUAAAUCCAAUGCUUGUUCAGAUUAGAGAGGAACAUUUUUUUUUUUAGCUGGUAUCCAGUUCCUUUAUAUGCUUUGGGGCCCAUUCAAUUCCAUAAAAUGUUUGAAAAAUUGAUAUUGAGCACGUGCUGAGGUCAAAUUUAUUUCAGUUUUCCCCACGAAAUUUCCAGCCCAAAAAUGAUCAUUAAUUUGUAAUUAAAGUAUACCUAUCUACCUAUACCUGGUUAUAUGUUCACCAAAAAUUUAUUUUCACACAAAUUACAGAUUACCCGAAGGACAAAAGAAAAACUAAACUGCUUGUCGCAGGAAAAAUGGGUAAAAUGACCGCAAUCAGUCUUUUGUAUCAUUUAGGAGACAUUCUGUGGCUUUUUUUCUUAGCAUGUGGCUACUUUUUAAUAGCCACCAGAAAAAAUAAUUUGUGAUUGACUAAUGAAAAGAAAAAAAUUACGGAAAGUUUAUUUCAAUGACACGCAAUAUAAUAACGCUAACCAAAUAUCCGCCCAAGUAUGGUAUAAAUUCAUUAAUUUUUUUGAUAAAAAACCGCACAUGUAAUUUCUCUCAAUUCUGAGUAUUAUUAGAAAAUUUGAAAGUGAAAACUGUUAUUUAAAAAAAAAUGCAGGAUGAGAUACCUACUAAUGUUGCUUGUGUAUACCUAUUAAUUAAUUUCAUUAUUCGAAGAACUUUUGUCAUUUAUUCUGGUAGAAAUUUCACGUGCUUUUUUUUGAAAAAUGAAAUAUUUUCGUACAGGUAUGCUAAAUUAUUGCUAUUCUGCAUGAGGUUUAUAGAACGUUGUUUAACAUUUUAGCUUAUAAAGACUUUUUUUCGCGAGCCAUGAAGCGAAAAGUGAUUCGCUCGUUGAUCUUUGUUUUGGACGGAAUUGGCCUUAACAUUACAACCGAAAAAUUGGAUUCAAAAAUUUGGCGAUACGUUUGUUGUAUGUUGUUAUUCAUAUACACGAAUUUUACAUUAAUUAUGUACUCGUUCACCCAUCGAGAAAAUUUUUUCGAAGCUGCAUCUCCAAUAAUUUUCAUCGGAGGCUCAAAUAUCAUGAUGGUCGGGGUUUCCGCAAUAUUCUACCAUAGGCAAAAACUUCGUCAAAUGUUGUUCAACAUGGACUGCGGCAUGUUCACAUACCCGGACGAAGAUCGUAUUCCAGUGAAUUAUUCGUGGAUUUUGAACGAAAAAAAUAACGCGAAUGUUUAUUAUUUGGUUUUGCUGGUGAUCUUAUUCGCCUACAGUGUAUUACUUACCAUGGCUGUGCUACAAUGGUGCUUGUAUAAACAAAUAAAAAUUUUCAUCUACCCCAACUGGACUCCGUGGAAAGGCGGUGGAGCGACGCAUCAAAUCUCUUCGUUGAUUCUACAACAUGUAACGGUUAUCUGCGGUCUUUGGUUUUUCUACAUUGUUUGUAUAUUUCUGAUUGCGACUGCUAUUGAAUUUGCUAAACAAGUUGAACGACUAUGUGCUGCUGUACAGUCACUUGACCAAAGAACGAAGGUAAUGACGUUGAAAGAAUGCAAUAGAACAGAGGUUCUAUUUCAAAUUCAAGAUGAUACUUUGCGUAAGAAUGUUCAGAAUUUACAAGAGUCCAAGUUCAAUAAUAAAUUCAACGCAUUUUUCAAAGAAAAUAUCAUCAAUUGCACUAGACAUCAUCAGAUAAUAAUAACGAAUUAUAAAUUAUUUCACGCUGUAUUCCGAACGAUUUUUUCAGUUGAAUUGACAUAUUGUUCAGUGACGUUGAGCUUAGGACUGUUUUAUAUGAUUUAUGCUCCAAAUCUUCAACUUGUCAUGAAUUCCUUCGUAGUGAUUUUGGUUGUAAUUAUGAAUUUUUUCACUCGAUGUUUCAUAGGAGAACAAUUUGCAAAGUUGAAUAUUAAACUAAGAAAUACUGUGUUCUACGAAUCCCGAUGGUACGAACAAAGCAAAGAGAACUGGCAAUUAUUAUUCUUAUUUCAUAAUCAAGUCAGCUAUCCCAUCAACUUGAAAGGAUUUUCAGUGAUCCAAGCAUCAUUGACCACUUUUACAAGUAUAAUUCGAACAGCGUAUUCAUUUUUCAGUGUUUUGAAAAGGUCAGUGUAGUAAUAUUGGUACCUAUAGUAUCUAUGUAUAUGCAUCUAUCUAGUGCGAGAAAUCAUUUUGAAUAAGCAGGCUUCUAUGACUUAUAGGUAAUUCAGAAAUCGUUGAACUGGCAUAAAAAUUAGAGAAGUUGAUUGGAAACCUAGCUAACUACCUAGGUAUUCAAAAUAAGAUAGAAAUGGUCUAGAUUGCGUAGUGCGCAUGUACCUACAUAAGAUAAGGGCACCUAUAAUUCCAGUGAUGAAUUUCAUGCACCUAAAUACCUAUCUCCUUGAUUGGAGGGUUCCACUUUGAGGGAUUACUGGGUCACAAGUAUGUACUAAUGAGUGGACAAGCAGACAGUCAAAAAAGUAGAGAUCACAGUGCAAGGACACCAUAAUACGUAUGAAGUCAUCUAACUACUCUCUGUCUCUAGAAAAUUAUAAUCAACAGGUAUGUAACAUAACAUCACAGAUGGCUGUACCUUAACCACCUUUAUGUAGGCUCGUGCAGGCUCUUGAAAUUGGAGUUAAUUCUGUCAAAAUUCAACCAUUUCUGAAAAGAGUUCAGAUACUUUGCUAAUUUUUUUUAUUGAAGUGGAAGUAGAGGGCUGAGAGAUAGAUAAACAUAUAAAAUUUGACCAUAAUCUUGUGCGAUAGGUAUGUCUAAACAGUAAACGCUGAUAGGUAAAUUUUUCAGCGCAUAGGUUAUUACAGAUCUGACAUUCUUUUGAUUAGGGUAGAGGGUGGCGAGGUUAAAAAUAUGACAUUUGAUCAUUUGAGUACCUUAGAGUCAAACCCAGAAUUCUCCAAAUUUUUCAAAAAUGAGAUUAUGAUUGUUUUGGGUACAGUUAGUAGGUACGAAUAUAUUGCCAUUUUCCGUUUUUACCUAUCUGACACAAUGACGCUGUCAGGGGGGGGGGGGUCCAAAGUACCAAGUUGGAGUCAAACUCCGAAAAAUGUCCAAAAUUUUCAAAAAUGAGAUUAUGGUCGUUUUGGGUACAGUUAGUAGGUACGCAUCAAUUGCCAUUCUACAUUUUACCCUAUCCAAUACCAUGAUGGUUAGGUGGUCCAAAGUACAGGGUUCGAGUCAAACUUUGAAAAAAAUACUUCAAAAAAAUUUUUUUUUUCAUUCCAGUCGAAUGUAAACAACCUUGAGAUACUUUCAACAGACUUAAAUCUAGAAUCAUCCCUCAUUUUAUCAUACAUUUUUGUGUAUUUUCGACAGUUUUUACAGACUUGGAGUCAAAACCAGAAUUCUCCAAAAUGGUAUCAUGAAUUACUGCUAUGGAAAGACUUGAAAAAAAAUUUUUUUUUGUUCGAAUGUUACCCGAAGCACUAUGUAUAGGCGAGAUCAAAAACCUGCCAGUACUGAUACCCGCCUUCCAUCAGUUUUUUGCGUUUUUCUCAAAAUAGUGAAAAGUGGAGAAUUCUGGGUUUGACUCUAAGGUACUCAUUUAUGUCAAGUGAUAUGUCUGCAUGUAGGUUUUCGAGCCAGUAGAUCACGAAUCUUAAAUACCCUCAUAUAAACCUACAGCAUAUGCAGAGGAAGUGAAAACCUCUAACAAUAAGCGUCAGGUUGAAUACACCAACUUACCCCACUACACCUUACAAAGUACAUACAUACUUUAAAUUGGAAUUUUCUACUCAUGUUUUGAAUUUUUGAAAAUGUAUUAAAUUUUGAGAUUGGAAUAAUUGCUGGAAAAAGGAAAAACUGAAAAAUAAAAGUCACAGUUUGCAAUUUUUUCAGAUUUUAGUUUUGAUAAUGCUUGGUUCUAGUUUUUUACCUUUCUGAAAAUUUCAAUUUUAGUUGAAAUUUUUAAUUUUUUUUUAUCUUGAGAAAAAGUGAAAAAGAGUGAUUUUAGUUUUGACCACCUCUACUUAUUUUGUAUUUGAGUAUUGUUGAAGAAAGGGAAGUUACGGUUUAAAUUUGAAGAAAAAAAACUAGCAAAAAAAAAUAUCCAAAAAAGUCGAAAAAAGAGAAUAAAAAUUAAAAAAUUUUCAUAAUUUUCAGUUUCAGUUUUCUAGCCUUGAUUGCGGGAAUUUAAACUAAAGAAAUUUUUCACGUGUAUUUUUAUGUAAUGUCACAACUCGUUUUUCAUCGUCUAAGCUUAAAACAACAAUAAUUGUUGACUUCUAAGUUUAACAAGAAUUUCAAUUUUACAAAAGGGUUCAACAAAACACCGCGAACAGAAAGUUUCUGUUUUAAAAAUUAAACUACCUUACCUAUGGAUAAAUUCGAAUGAGGACUAACAAUUUUUUCAUUUUUCGAAUAAACAGGGUAGGGAAACUGGAAGGCUAUUCUCGAGUCAUCCAGAUUCAAUUCAUAACUAGGUAUAAUCUAUUUGGUACCUAUAGUUGAUAGGCCUAAAAAUCGUUUCAAUGUAAAUAUUAUGAUGUGUGAACUUCAUUAAAAAAAUCCAACAAGAAGAAGAAAGCAUUACGCUUAAGUUACGUAAAUAUUCGCGUCACAAUAAUUACUAUGUACCUACGGUGAAUAUCUGCAUCCUGCGUUAUGCGUUGAAAAUGAUCUGUACACAUAUAGCCUGCCUAUUUAUUUAUCUACAAAAUGCAUUUAUUAUAGGUAUUAUCUAUAAGUAUGUUGAAAUAAGACACUUUAUAACACUAAUAUGUAGAUAUACUAUAUAUGUUUAUGUACAUCGUCAUGAAAUAUUCAGUUAUUCAGCAUAAGUGAGACACGCAGAAUAAAACAGUUAAAAUGCGAAAUUUAUAAACUGGUAUAGGUACAUUGGAUAAACACCGCCGUGGUUUACGGUUUUAUAAUCGAUCAAUGUAAAAUAGGUACUUAUCGCUUAGAUGAUGUUCUUUGCAACAGAAUUGUCAUACUUUUGCAAUAAAAUUUACUCAAUGGAUUAA